GCAAUAACAACUCUGAGACGGGGAUGACACCAACUCUGUAACAUAAAUAGAUACAGUUUCUGCCUCGGCUCUGUUGCCUCUGUUAAUACCCGUUGAUGUCUAUCCCUGGAUGGAACGGUCGAGACCCUGAGAGCGGUUAGAUAACGGCGAGUCCGAAAAGGGCGAUCGCUAAGGGAAAAAAAAAGGUGACCCCUCCGUUUUCCGUUUUUACGGUUUUUCUUCUGCAUAAUCGCAUCCAAUCGAUCUUUAAUUCUUACUCACUUACACCUUUGACCUUCCAACACCGCCAGUCUAUACCAAACUCUCCUAGUUCACACACAUAACAACAACACACCCUCUUCUUAAAAACCAGACCAAAUCGCAAACAUGGGUAACGGUGCCAAGGCUCAACAGAAGCGCGAGCGCAAUGCUAAGGACAAGAACACUGCCAAGUCGCAGCUCAAGGUGAACGAGAAGGCUUGUGAUAUUCAGUGCCAGAUCUGCAAAUCUACCUUCCUCAAGACCACAAAGGCCCCUGCUCUGAAAGAGCACGCCGAGAACAAGCACAGCAAGACCAUUGCCGACUGUUUCCCCAACGUCCAAGUCGCAUAGACCAUAACACGAGGUUGACAUGAUGGCAUCGUACGAGAAGAGAAAAGUCAAGAAAACAACGGAAAAAUGGGAAAUGUUUAGCGAAGCGAGGCGUACAGUGGCGUGAUAGCCUAGACGAGAAUGGG